AAUAUUAAUGAUUUGAUUUCUUUGUUGUGUUUACAAAUGACAGCAUAUGUUGUAAACACUCUCUGGAUUUUAGCAAGUUUUAAGUGAUAUGGACAUAUGUACAGUUGACCCAGGAAAUUAUUAAACCUGUUUAUUUAAAUAUUGACUGAGUCAUAACCAAAUUGUGACUUCUGGACUAAUUAGUAAUUUCAGAUGAUACUGUUAUCAUGUCUGCAGCAAGAUAUAUCGUAGUGACUUUUGUAGUGUUGUGUUGUCUGUCAGUUGUCCUCUCCAGGCCACAUGAAAAGAAACACAAACACAAACAUAAAUGGCAGACAGAAAGAUCUUUAGUAGUGAAUGAUGACCAUAAAAAAGACAUUGUAAUCAAUGAUGAAAUUCAUCAUCAAGAGCUUAUAUUACCAAAACAAAAUAAGCAAAAAGACAGUGGUGUAAAUCUUGCAUUUGAUAUUUUAACACCAACAAGUAUUAAAAAGGGGAAGAAAUUAAGUAAAAAGAGAAACAAUCAUGAUGUUUUUCUAAAUCAAGAAGCAAUAUCAUUUGACUCAGAGAGCCAACCAAAUGAAGUAGAUAGUGGAAGCAAAGAUGAACUUUGGCAUAAUUUGUAUGAAAUCAAGGAACCAAAUAAUCAACUAAUAAACCAUGUUACAGAUGGCAAGGAACCAGUUCCUGUUGCCAAUGAAAAUAAACAAACUGUAGGCAUAAUAGAACAUAAUUCUGAUGAAACUGGAAAUGUUGAAAACAAUAAGCAAAUUACAGACGACAAAAAAGAUAGAAGUAGUUCAGAGGAUGUUUUUGAUGAUACUGCUGAGGUAGAUGUAGAUGAAAGUAGUGAAGAUGAAGAUGGUAUAGAUGAUGAUUAUGAUAACUAUCAAGAUUAUAAUUACUUUGAUAAGGAGGCAGACGAAGAGGAAAUCGUUGGAAAACAAGAAAAGAAAAAUGUGCCAUUGGAAGGAACAAUAAAACAAGAUGAAAAGGAUAAUGAUGAAAAAAGUACUAAUUCAGAAUCAGAAAAUAAAAAGUCUUGGGAAGAAUUGGUAGAGGAAAUUUAUGGUGGAGUUUUACCUUACUCUGCUUCAAUAGACAAUAUUAAAAAGCAAAUAAAUGAAAAGUCAUCAGAUUCAGGGCAUAAUACUGGAAAGAAAAAUAACAAGAACAUCAGAGAAAAGUCAAAUGAAAACGAUCUAGUUCUGCCUGGUUAUAUUGAAAAAGAUAUUAACAUUGAAGACAAAAAUGUUGGUAAAAAGUCUUCAGGAAAGGAGAACUAUAUUGACUUAGGUUAUAAAAAAGAAAAACCAUUCCAUCCUAAUGUUGAGCAGAAAAAAGAACAGAAUGAUGGUGAUGUGCAGGGAAUUCAAACUACAUCAAAGCCUCAAACAUUGUCUAUGUCAAAAGGUACAUUAAAACCUGAAGUAUUCUCAGUGUCAAAAACUACAUUAAAAGCUCAAACACCUUCAUCAGAAAAACCUGACAAAGUGAAAACUCUUGAAAAACAUGAAAAAGCCAGUGAACUUUCAGGAGCAUCCAGGUUAAAUCCUGCCUUUAAAACAACAAAUGUAGCAAAGACAAGUCCUAAUCCCCCAACAACUAAAGCUGUGUCCGUAACUGCAGCACCAAUUAAAAGUGUAAAGGAAUACAUACAGUCUAAACCACUACAACUGUGUAUAGAUGAUGGAGGAUGUUCACCAGGGCGAAUGUGCCACAGUGGUGUCUGUGUUUGUGGUGAUGCCACAUUGUGUCAAGGUCACCAUCAUAGAGUGGCAGUGUGUGGGUCUGAUGGACAGUUAUACCCUAGUCACUGCGAGUUACAUCGUCAGGCCUGCCUAAAACAGAUCCAUAUUAAAGUCAAACAUGAUGGGCAAUGUGGACAGAACUUACAGGAACAUUUCAAGAUACAGCCUAUUUAUGAGGGUACCCAGUGUGAAUACAGUGUGUUUAAGGGACAAGAAGGGAUCCUGUGGGGAGAUAUUUUGAUGCCUGUUUCGGUGAAAUCUCUCUUAGAAUGCAGUGACCUGUGUGAUAAGAAAUCACACAAUAGUGGUUGCUUUGCUUUUCAGUAUUCUGCAGAGAAGAGUGGAUUAUGCUUCCUGUUUGAGAAACCAACUGAUAUAAUCAGACAUCCAAACUCUGAGAUGGAUUUCUAUGAACAGAGGAGGUGUCAACCCAAUCCAGAUUAUGAAUGUGAUUUUGAGCCAGUUAACUUAGUAGCAGAGCAUAUCUAUGCCAUGUGCAAUGUAAAAACCAGUGUUGUAAAAUCUUAUGAAGAAUGUCGAGAUUCCUGUCAAAACUGUACAGCCUUUACUUACCGAAAAGAUGAGAAGAUUUGUGACAUACAUCACAGUAAAGCUUGUAUAGAUAUGAUGAAUGCCCUAGGUAUUGUCCACUAUAUAAAGAGAUGUAAUGAAAAAGGUGAUAUCUGCAAUGUUUUAGAAGUUAUCCCAGGAAAGUCCCCCUUCAUGUGUAGUAAAGCUACCAGUAGUGUGUCCAGUCUGAUAGAAUGUCAUGAUGCUUGUGUCCAUGGUCGCUGUGAAGCAUUCCAAUACCUUACCAAAGAAGACCAGUCUACAGCUUGUGAAAUCUUCUUUGACAAAUCUUGUAUAGAACUUCUUAAUAAAAAGAAGGAAAAUUAUUAUGUGAAGAGAUGUACAAAUCCUAAAGACUGUGACUAUCACCAGAUUCAGUCAGCAAGAAUGAUGCCCUGUAGAGUAACGUCCAGUGACAUGGAUACUAUGGAGAAAUGUCGAGACAUGUGUAAUGUUGACAGUUGUUUUGGAUUUAGAUACAAUUACGAUAGUCUCAAAUGUGACCUCUACAGUGAUCAGUCUUGUGUUCUGGGGAAAAAUCUGAACUAUGUCAUCAAGAAAUGUCAUUCAAAGCAUGAGGCAAUCCUAAAACUGGUACCACAAAUAAAUGAAUUACCAAAUGCCAAACCUGAUAUUGUCAAUAAAGAAAAGGUAGAAGGGAAAGAGAAAUCAGAGUUAAAUAAGAAAGUGCAAGAAGCAGAAAAUUAUCUGAAGACUACAACCACACUACUUCCAUCUACUAAACCACCAUACGAUGAUAUGCCUAAAUUAUUGGACAGUUUCAAUGAAGACGAUUUAGUGUGUUCACAAGAAGAUUAUGUACAGUUUAAAUCGGACCUACUGAGAUACCAUUGUGUUAGAUUCAGAGAGACACAUUGUGAUGAAAAUAUAAUACCAAAUAAAGGUUACAUAGCAUCAUUGAUGUUCAGUUACUAUGACCGUGACAUGAAUGGUGACAUAAGCAAUGAUGAAUUAUGGGAGAUGCAGAUUGCAGAGAAUUUAGAGCACAUUUCUACAAUAUGCACAUUACUAGAUAUACUCAAGUAUGAGGCAAAAGAUAGGAAACUUGAUCAUCUGAGCUUCUUAAAUGCAUUCACUGUGGCAGAUGCUGUUAUAGAGGAAGACUUGGAAAUCAUUCAUGUUAAAUCAACAGCUGGUAAUGGUCUGGAGAUCAAGUGUGGUGUUCCAAUGUUGGAGAACUCUGAAGUAGUAUGGAGGAGAAACAAUAUUGACCUCAAUACAAUUAGUGUUCCUGAUAUGGCAGUGUUUUCUGAUGGAACAUUAUACUUUGAAGAUGUAGGUCUUCACCAUACUGGAAACUAUACAUGUUAUGAUAAAGUCAAACCAGGUGUCAAGGAGAUACAUGUCUUAAAUGUGAACUUACGUCCAAUAGUGAGAGUGUCACCGCAAAUGCAAACUAUGGAGAUGAGUUCUUUGGAUAUUUUCAUUGACUGUCAUGUAGAUGGUAUACCACAGCCCAGUAUAUCCUGGCAAAUAAACAACGAACCAGUUCCUUAUAAACCAAAACAUUUCAUAACUACACAUAAUAAUGGCACUUUAAUGAUCCAUAAUUCUGACAUAGUGAGAGAUAUAGGAUCGUAUAAAUGUAAAGCUACUAAUAUAGUUGGGAAUGGUGAAGCUGAGGCUAAAAUUAAUAAACCAGGAACUCCUGAGAAAAAAAGGUUGGAAGCUUUCUAUGCUUUCCAUAAAAAUGGUUACACAGCUUAUGAACCUGAAGGUUGUGAAACUGUACGUCAUGUUAAAGGUGACUUUGGGAACCUAAAGUACAUUCCCGAGGAGUUAGACAGAGCUCCAUCUAUGUGUGGAAUUGGACAAGAUUGUGUAUGGGGAGGAGCUGUCAAUGUUCAGAAUAAAUACAUCUACUCAAGCCAGCCAGAACAUAACAGAGUUAUCAUUAUAGAUAUUGCCAACACAUAUAAUCCUGUACAGAUUGUAAAGACAGACAAGUAUCCAGUAAAACUGUACUAUGUAGAACAUCUGGAUGAAGUAUGGAUUCUGUGUUGGAAUGCUGACCAUAACUCUGGCAGUAAAACUAUUGUCGUUAUUAGGGAUGCCAGCAAAGAUGUCAGACAUCACAUAGUACAUACACAACCUGUUGGAUAUAGGUUUGAUCUGGUUGAAGAUAUAUUUUUACCUCCACAAAAUGACCUUAACCAUAAGUUCAAACAUGGUUAUGUAAUACACAGUAAACAGAGAGGAUUAUUUAAACUUGACCUUGAUUCAAUGAGAUAUACCAAAGCUGUUGACUUUGAAAAACAAGACUGCAUUCCAAAAUCAGUAGCAUUUAUUCCAAUAGGAGGUUAUAUUGUGGUAGAAUGUCACAGACAUGUGCAGAUCAUAAUGGACUAUAUAACGGAUUCCGUAAUAUAUAUAUUGCCUAUAAUGGGUACACCUUAUGUAUCACCAGACUCCAGGAACCUGAUCUUUGUUCAGAUGGCAACGGGACAUGUUGCAGUGUUCAGUGUUCAGGAAAAUGGUACAAUUAAGAAGAAGUUUGAGGUGACAACAGGUUCUGCACUGAGUGAGGUAACAUUUUUCCCAUCAGACAUUAGGACAGGAUAUGACAUGUUUCUGGCAGCAGUUGGUGAGGAAUCUAUCUAUCCAGUACGAUUAGAUAAUGGACAAGUAACAACAAUAACAGGUAAAGACGAAGCCCGUACAGAACGUGUCUGGCCAUGGUCAAGAUCAGUUAGAACAAUAGUUACUGGUGAUAUGUUCAGUCAGUAUGUAGCAGCACCGUCUAAAUCUACAGUACUAGUCUUAAAUGGACGUGACAAACGGAUACACUGUAGUUACUCAAGUCUAGACAGUCCAGAUCAGAUCGUUUAUGUCAGCACAGUUGUCUAGUGAUUGCUCCUAAGGACAGAAAUCCAGUCAGAUUCUAGUCAUUCAAGAAAUUUGAAGAGAAAAAUAUGACCAUGAAAAUAAUGGUAUCUUUUUUAACAGCAUUUUAUGAUACAACCAGGGAUUACGCAAGUUUGAUUUCCUUUUGGUCAUUUUAGUGACCUGAAAGUCAGUUUAUUUGAAGAAGAAAAAAACAUGAAGUAUUGUUGUUUGGAGUGCUGAAUCAUUAUUAAAGCGAUUUUCAUAAUUUAAUUACAAUAUUCACAAUGUAAUUUUAAUAAUUUAUAAAAAUUUCUAUUUACAACAUUAGAGCUUUAUGUGAAUCACAGACUUCAAUUGUAGAAUUAAUUAUAGCAGUUUAUCAAGAUUUUGUUAUUUAUCAAGAUUUUGUUAGUGAUAUUUAACUCUAUUAAUAUAAUAACGGGUAAAUAGAAACAUAGUUUUCAUAUUAUUUAUCGUCUAAAAAGGAUAACAUUCCAUAUGGAGAAUUCCAAUAGACAUGUGAAUCAUUGUUCACAAAUUUCUGUCAUUACGGUUAUUUUCACUUCCGUGUACCCUUAUUUUCACAUUUUAGUGAGAAACUUGGGACAUAACUUUGUUUUCUGAAUAUAAAAAGUUACCAAGUUUUUUGAAAUAAGACAACCCCAUCAUUGUUCUAAUCCAAGAAUUUCAGUUCCCAAGCAAAUACUUAUAUUACGUUUAUACCUAUAACUUAUGUCGCUUCCUCUGAAGCCUUUUAACAGUAAAGUUAUUAACAUAACUGAAUAUUCCCCUUAAUUUUACAUAUUAUUUAAUCUUUGUUCAGUAGAAUAAGAUUAAAUUGAUUCAAAUUGUCCUUUUAGCAUUAUCUUUUACACUAAUUUAUUUUUUAUAUUUUGUUUUAUUGAACUUUUAUAGUGCUUUAAUUUAUUUUUGUUAUUAAUGUUUUCUAUUGUUUGUUUGUUACAUUCUAAAGAUUGUAUUUAUUAUGUCUCUUAUCAUUCCUUAUUGUUUGUGGAUGUUUUUAACUACUUACAAUACAGUUUUUGUUAAUGAUUAGGUAUGUAGUUUGGUCACUGCUGUCAUAUUCCAUACUUAAAUUCAUAUUUACCAACAAAAUAACAGAAAGUAAUUUCAUAUUUCCAUAUUGAGAUAUAAAACCUUUGUUUAUAUCUGUGUAUAUUAGUUCAAACCAUUAAUGAUUUUUUAUCAUUAGAGCUAUUUUCUUAAUGCUUGUAGUUUAAAGGUUUGGUUGGCUUGCUUGCUUUGUUUGUACAAAUGUUUACUCAAGCAUUGUAAUUAAGAUUGACAUCUGCAAUCAAUAUAUAGGCGGGGUAUACAACAUACUCUGCAUUAUACUUAACAUCCAAUAACAUUUAAGUAUAAUGUGUACAAGCUGAAGCCCCGCCUACCUAUUGAUUACAGAUGUCAAUCUUAAUUACAAUGCUUGAGCAAACAUUUAUACAAACAAAGCAAGCAAGCCAACCAAACCUUUAAACUACAAGCAUUAGGAAAAUAGCUCUAAACUACUAGCAUGCUUAAUGUUAUAUACGAAACAUAGAAAAUAAACAGGCAAUAAUAAUUAAAUGCAAGCAAGCUAGAAGGCAAUAGUUACAAAUUUAAAUAAAAAAUCAACAGUUUCUGUUUAAAUGUUAUUUAUUCAGACCAUUAUAAAACAAAUGGGCACAAAUGGUGAAGUUUGCUGUAAUAUAAAGUUUUGUGCCUUCAUUUUUAAAUUGUAACAUAGUUGUUUACUUUUCUGUUGUAAUGAUUUAAUAGGUUGUAUCAUUUUUGCAUAUUGUGGAUUUCCAGUACCAAAACAAUAGGAUUGAAAAUAAAAUAUUUGAAUUUGAUUUUUUAAAUUGUUCUUUUAUAAUUCAGAUAUAAAUAUUUUUCCAUUUUUAAAUCCAGAAUCCUGAUGUUUAUAUUACAAACAAAAAAAUAAAUAUUGUUAUUUAAUUACCUCCCUUUUAUCAUGCAUAGUUUGUCUUUUCUAGUCUCCAUUGUUUUGGUAUACAAUUUACAAAAUAUAACCAAGAAUGCAUUAUAUUCUGAUGCAGUAAAUUUUCUCUCCUUUGAUUGUAAAAUGAUAAAUAUGAUUAAAUGAUUUUUAACUCGAAAAUUUCAAUUGAUUAAAGUUACCUUAACCAAGUUUUAUAUGUUCAAUUUUUUAUGGAAUUUUCAUGAGCAAGACUCCAAAUUAAUUUAGAAUUUGUUAUAAAAUUUUUAUAAUGAACUUCAUGAAAUGAGAUAAAAUGGAACAUCAGCUAAACCAAUCAAACUUUUAAAUGGCACAUCCUUUAUCAAUUGUAUUCUCAUUAUUUUUUAAAUUAGUAUAAUCAUAAAUAAAAUCAUUUUUGAAACUAAAAUAAAAAAAUUUAUUUACCGAGAUUCAAAUUUUAAUACCACAUAUUAAUUUGUUCUCAAUUUAAUGCUUAACAAGCUUAGUUGUCGUCAAGAAUGCUUUAAAAAUAAAAACAUUUAUGAAGUGCAACUGUACUUAAAAACACGCAGUUUUUUUAAUGAUUAUAUUGUUAUAGAUUUUGCUUUUUAUCCCAUAGUAAUAUGCAAUUCUUGUUAUAUAACAGCUUUUUGUUGUUAAUUCUCUGUGAUGCUGUAUCAUAGUUCUAAACAAUGUUGUUUCUGCUGAUUAUGUGGUGUUGCUGGGCUCAGUUGACUUUUUAGGAAUAGGUAGUGUAAAAAAUAAAUGUUGUGUUUAUAAAUUCUGUGACUAUAUGAAAAAGGGUGAAAUUCACUUUUUAACUGAGCUUUCAUAUUGUAAAAGUAGGGCCAGUUAAUCCAUACUUUCAAUUUAAAACUAGUAUAUAGUUUUGUAUGGGAGUAAUAGUUGAGUUUUUUCAUAGCCUUUUAUUUAAAUCUAAAAAUGCUGUACUAUGGCAUUUAUUUUAGAAAAAGAGUAUGAAAGAGACACAAAUUUCUUGAAUAACUUUCUUCAGCUACACAACAAAAAAGUUUGGUAAGCAAAAAUAUAAAACAUAUAAGAAUAAAGAUAAAAAUUUAAGAAAAAAAGCACACACACAAAAAAAAAUGUUAUAUGUAAAUAAAUUGAUAAAUGGUGAAAAUGUCAAUGUGACAGCAACCCAACAAUACAAGGUGACUGACAUAGACAUGUAGAGGUUGAUACUUUACUAUAAAGUAAAUGCAACAUCACAUAUUUCAGCAAAUUUUAAAUAAUUCAGGAAUCUACUACUUAAUAAUUCAUCAAAAGAAUCAACGUAAACAUUUUAGGUUUUACAUAAUAGUUAGCUUUUCCCUAGAAUUUUUACGAUUUAUAACUUACCUUUAAUGAAAAUAUUGUGUAUGUUAUCAUAUUAUGUAUUUGAAUUGUUUAUAAAAAAUCAUGUGUAAAAAAUCAUCAAGUUGACCCACUCUAGUCAGUUACCAUUACACUAUUAGGUACUUAAAUCCUUCAUUUUAUGUUGUUUAGAAUGUAUUCUGUGAACCCAUUUUCUUGCCAGUUCAUUAUGUACACGUAGGAUUAUACUAUUUAAACUCUGUUCAUUCCUAAAUUUGUGAACAAUAACUCAAAAAGAUGAUUUUUUUUUAUAAAAAAACAUUCAUUUAAAGGUUAUUCUUUCCCCAAUGAUCAUUGACCUUUAUAACUUGCAUAAACUGUACCUGUUUAAAAAGUAUUUACCCAAGACUAAAACUCUAGUUUUUAAUGGUGUAUUUCCAAGUGAGUUGGUUACAUUACAAAUAAAGGGGAUUAUAGAUUAUUGGAUUAACUCCCUUUGCCUACAUAAGACAAGAUCGGGCUUGGUUGAAAAACGUACUUAAAAAAAAAGUUUUAUUUUUAUCAGGAAGUGAUUUCACUAAAACUAUUUUUUAUUUUAAUAAGGCAAUAUUAUGUGUCAGCCAUUCCUCAUAAUCAUUCCCGCCGCUUGUGUAAACAUUUGUGUAUAACACAGUAAUACAAUGUGUGUUAUGUUCAAACUUGUGUGUUAUUAUUUAUAAAAUAAAUUGUGGUGUUUGUGCAAAA